AGUAAAACGUGAUCGUGUGUGCGCAAAUUGAUAGCCGAUAUAAAAAAUAUAACUUUCAAUCGAUUUACAUCGGAUCAACAUGGAUAAAAGACAAAAUCGUCAUGAACGGAUUCUAAGAAGAUUAGCUGAAAUGGAACGUAGACGUAGAUUAAGAUUACAAUUGCAUGAAUAUGAAGAAUCAAGUAAAUCAUAUGAUGCGUCUCAUCAUUCAAGUGUAUACGAAGAAGAAGUUCUAGACUUGGAAGAAUCAGAUGCGGAUGUCAAUAUGCAAAUACAAGAACAAUUUACACAAGAGCAGAUAGAAGAUGACAGUCAAUCUGAAGACGAUAUUUCAGGUGAUAAUAAUGCAGAUUGGUCAAUAGAAAAUACACGGAAUUCCAUGGAGGAUAUUACUGAUAGUAAGUCAGAUGAGUUUAAUGAGGGUGUCUACUUACGUAUGGCCCUGACAGAAUGGGCUUCUCAUGGUGUCUCAAAAAGGAAAGUGAACAGUUUGUUGAGUCUUUUGCACAAAGUGCAUCCAGAACUUCCUAAGACAUAUGUAUCCUUACUGAAUACACCUAAGACUACGACAGUGUUUGAGAUUGAUAAUGGUCACAUGUGGCACAAGGGAAUAAAAAGAAAUCUCGAUAUUUUUUUGACUCAAGAAUAUUUAGAUACUCAUGGACGAAUACGACUGAAUAUUAACAUAGAUGGAUUGCCUUUGGAUAAAUGUGGAAAGUUGAAUUUUUGGCCCAUUCUAGGAUCUUUGGCUGACAAGACUUGUGAGCCUUUUAUUAUUAGUGUUUAUUUUGGUAUAGAGUCAAAGCCCUCAACGCUAGAACAAUUUUUACAGGAAUUUAUUAAUGAGAUGGAGGAACUUUCCUUAAACGGUUUCCAAUUUAAUGAUCAUAUUUAUGAUGUGUCUAUAUAUAACUUUAUUUGUGAUGCUCCGGCAAGAUCGUUUGUAAAAUGCAUUAUUGGACAUAAUGGAUUGUUCUCCUGUGAGAAGUGUGAGAUUGAAGGUGAAUGGUACCAUAAUAGGAUGGUUUAUUUGAAUAAUGGACAGAAGCGUACGGAUCAAUCAUUUAUUGACAGAAGAAAUCCUGAACAUCAUCAAGGAUUAUCACCAUUAGAAGAGCGACUUAAUAUUGGAAUGGUAUCCCAAUUCAGGCUUGACUAUCUUCAUCUUGUGUGCAUUGGUGUGAUGAAGAGGUUUUUGAUGCGAUUACUGGAAAUAAGAAAUCGAGGUAAAUUAAUGGAUGAAAACAUAAAAGCUUUUAAAAAUACUUCAGCAUGGAUUGGUCAGUUUAUUCCCAGAGAAUUCAAUCAAAAGCCUUAUAAAUUUAAGAAGGUUUCUCAUCUUAAGGCUACAGAAUUGAGAAGAUUUUUACUAUAUGAUGGUAUUAAAGUAAUGAAGGAUCAUACUCCUAACAGAAUAUAUUGCACUUUCUUGCUUUUCCACUGUAGCAUUUACAUCUUAGCUUCUCCUUUACUUGUGCAGAAUAUUGCAAUGAGAAAUGCUGCUAGAGUAUUUUUGAACUUAUUCGUGCAAUCUAGUAGUCAUAUCUUCAGCCGUGACUUUGUUGUGUCUAAUGUGCAUGGACUUACUCAUCUAGUUGAUGAAUGCGAUGAGCAUGGAUCCUUGGACUCAUUUAGUGCUUUUCCAUAUGAAAACUAUCUGAAGACAAUUAAGCAAUCAUUAAGAUCAGGAUAUCAUCCUUUGCAACAGUUAGCAAAAAGGGAUGCUGAAACGAAUGGGCGACUAUCAGAGUCGAAGAAUAUUAUUGAGGGUAUACAGUUGACAGGAAAUCAUAUUAAUCCCAAUGAAACUGUUCAAGGGAUGUGCUAUAAAAUGCUUACAAGCAAUAAGUUUACAUUGAGAUGUAUUGCUCCUGAUCAUUGCUUUAAAACUGAAGACGGAUCAGUGGUUUUGUUGCGAAAUAUUGUUUAUUCUGAAGACAAUGUAGUGAUUCUACGUGGACAGCGAUUUCAGACACAUAAUAAUUAUUAUCAAUACCCAAUGGACUCAUCCUUGAUUGGCAUUCUUCUUGUUUUACAAUUGGAUGAAACA